AGGCAGCCGUCCUCACUCCUCAGUGCUAGUCUUCAGAGGGUCGGCGAAGGAUCUGCGGCAUUCCGGCUACAUUUGACAACUAGUUUACACUUCACUUUUGACUGGAUAAGAAAUGCGGUUGCCAGUCAUUGCGGUGUUGUGGUUGGGAUCUUUGCUCGUAGCUGCACAAGACAACGGUCAUGGUGAUGACCUCUCCACCCUGAUCCAGGAGGUGUUUGGAGGAAAAGAUCAAGGUCAGCCUGAUGAUACGAAUAAAAACCAGAAGAGAAAUGACGAUCUCACCAACAACGUCGGCAACCAUGAUGUCAACAACAAGGAAGGAGGCAGCAGUGUUCCUGGGAGCGACAAGUGCGAAUGUGUGCCUUACUACCUCUGCGCUAACAACUCCAUCAUCACCGAUGGCACGGGCAUUCUUGAUAUCAGGUUGAAAGGUGACCUCUGUGAAAGUUAUCUGGAUGUUUGCUGUGGCAAGCCGCUUCCCUCAGAGGAGGCGAUCAAGCCCAUUCAGCGAGGCAGGCGAGGCUGUGGAACCAGGAACAUUGAUGGUGUGGGCUUCAGGAUCACUGGGGCUAUUGACAAUGAAUCCCAGUUUGGUGAAUUCCCAUGGAUGAUUGCUAUUCUUUUGGAUGAAAACUUUGAAAACGCGAAUGUGAAAACAUACCAAUGUGGGGGAGCACUGAUACACGAGCGGGUUGUCCUCACAGCCGCCCACUGUGUGCAACGCAAGAGCAGUUCACCUCUUCUAGUGAGGGCCGGAGAAUGGGACACACAAACUAAAAACGAACUCUAUCCACAUCAAGAUCGCCAAGUGGAGGAAAUAAUCAUCCACGAAGACUAUUAUGCUGGGGCACUGUACAAUGACAUCGCCCUGCUGGUGCUCAAGGAGCCCUUCACAUUCGCCGACAAUGUCGACAUCAUCUGUCUUCCAAAGCAGGGCGAUGUAGUCUUGAAUAAGGAAUGCUCUGCAAGCGGAUGGGGGAAAGAUGUUUUCGGUAAGGAAUUCGAUAAAACGGAACCGGCACCCUCACCGUCGAUAAAGACGCCCAUUUUGGGCUCAGUACAGAACGUGAUUCAAGUAAAGAUAAACAAGUUCAAAGAUUUGUUUCUACCUAAGCCGAAAAUGGAGCAUAGCACAUUAAGACCGCUUGACAAAAUCAUCAAAGAAAAGAUAGAUAAGUUUACAAACUUGUUCCACCCUACAAAAAGGGCAAAGACUGUUACUGAAGCCCCUAAGGCCCAAUGGAUUAAUCUCGAUGAAAGAAUGGGCAGUGGUGUCCCAUCCUCAGAAAAUCCAUUAAAAUUUCCUGAUUCAGGAAAAAAGGGGAAGUACCAGGUAAUUCUUAAAAAGGUCGACCUUCCGAUGGUUGAUAGAAAUACUUGCGAAGCAGAAUUACGAAAGACUCGUCUUAGUCAAUACUUCAAUCUUCAUGAGAGUUUUGUAUGUGCUGGUGGCAUCGCAGGCCAAGACACAUGCAAGGGUGACGGAGGAAGUCCACUGGUCUGCCCAGUUCCUGGGGAGAAGUACAAGUAUCAGCAAGUCGGUAUUGUGGCUUGGGGGAUUGGAUGUGGCAAUGAGACGCCUGCUGUCUAUGUAAAUGUUGCUCACUUCAGAAAAUGGAUUGAUGAUCACUUCAAGAGGCUUAAUUUAAUUCCAGAGUACACAUAUUAGGUAGUGAAAUAAUGUAAACAUAAAUGUACCUAUUAAAAGUGUAAAUUUUUGUUUUAUAAUUUAGGCUUGAUCCAAGUUGUUGAUGUUAUUUUGCAAUACUUUUUAUUUUUGUGGGUAUUUUAUUUACUGAAAGUUAAUUUGUGAUACUUCUAUUCUAUUUUUGUUCUUGUCUACAUUGCAGUACAUGUAUUUUAUGUAUGUAUGGAGUUUUUUCUCAUAGAUUUACAGAAUGUGAGAAAUUUAACAUAAUCCUAUUCCUGUUGAGGUGAAUAAAUGGUACAGGAUGAGUAUUGGAAAUCAA